AAACAUGAGGCGAGAGGAGGGACUUUCAUUUGGAAGUCUUUGAUUGGCUCUUUCCGGUCCGUCAAACUUUCAACUGUCCAAUGAAAUCAUUGAAUGUGUUUGACCAAUGAAAAUACGCCAUCAGAGGCGCGCGUCAUCUCCUCACAGAAUUAGCAUAGAGGAGGAAAUAAAUACUUCUGUGAGCUGAAAAAGAAUCAUUAUUCUGAGUUUGUUCUUCAGAUCAUCAUGCCUGAACCAGCCAAAUCCGCCCCGAAGAAGGGAUCCAAGAAGGCCGUCACAAAGACCGCCGGUAAGGGAGGAAAGAAGCGCAGAAAGUCCAGGAAGGAGAGUUACGCUAUCUACGUGUAUAAAGUCCUGAAACAGGUUCAUCCUGACACCGGGAUCUCUUCCAAGGCGAUGGGAAUCAUGAACUCUUUCGUCAACGACAUCUUCGAGCGCAUCGGCGGUGAAGCGUCUCGUCUCGCUCACUACAACAAGCGCUCCACCAUCACAUCGAGAGAGAUCCAGACCGCCGUGCGUCUGCUGCUGCCCGGUGAACUGGCCAAACACGCCGUGUCUGAGGGCACAAAGGCCGUCACCAAAUACACCAGCUCCAAGUAGAAGAACAUCCGGUUUCUCAACCAACCCAAAGGCUCUUUUAAGAGCCACACAUGUUCUCAUUUAAAGAGUGUUUCUGUGAUUUAAGAGAUUAUGAAUGUCAGUUGUGAUGUGAAUGUCCACAGCAAAGGUUCGUAGCUUGGGUCAAUAAACACAUUUAAGUACUGAA